CUCACUCCCAGCCUCCCCCUUUCACAUCCCCCCGAUCCUCUCUCCCGUACAGUACUGGCUCCUUCUCGUAUUGCCAUUGCUCCGAAUAUCGCGCAUCUGCCAGGCCUUUGUUGCUGCCCCCGGAUCAGUUGCUCUACGUCGUCGCCGACGACGACAACUUAACAUCGCACAGUCAUGGCUCCAAGAGCCCACGACAAGAAGGGCGGCCUGACUUUAGAAAAGCUCGCGUCCUACGACGACGUGAUCACGGAUGCGCUGGUCGACAAGAUUUACUACUGGGCGACCAUCCGGAAGAACCGAGGGGGCCGAUUCGCUGCGUCGCGUGGUUUCCUCGAGGAGGAUCUUGCAGACAUCAUCCGGAAGAAGGUGGUUAUAGACAAGGACCCGACUGCCGCCGUUCAGCACCUUUUGCGAUUGCCCGGUUUCCGCAAGUUCUCCAACUCGCUGAGGGACGACAAGGAGAGGGAUCACUUCAUGCGACACCUUCUCAGAUAUGUUAAGAUCUACAUGUCCGACUGUCCAUUCGAGGUUACCACGACGAACAGAUACACGAUUUUCGAGCAUGAGGCGUCCAUCACGGCGCGGAGGGUCAUCAAGCCGCGCGAGGAGAUCAAGUACCUGACGGGAGUGAGGGUCGCGAUGACGCAAGAGGAGGAGAAGAAGAUCGAAUUGGCGCGCAAGGACUUCAGCAUGGUCAUCUCCAGCCGGAAGAAGACGCGCUCCCUGUUCCUGGGCCCCGCGCGCUUUGCGAAUCACGACUGCGACGCCAAUGCGAGGUUAUCCACGACCGGCCACGACGGGAUGCAGAUUGUGGCGAUCAAGCACAUCGACGCAGGGGAGGAGAUUACGGUUUCGUAUGGCGAGGAUUAUUUUGGUGAGAAUAAUGAAGAAUGUCUGUGUAAAUCGUGCGAGGAGCGCGAGAUGAAUGGAUGGGCACCGUUGAAACCUUUGGAGGAGGACGAUGAAGAGGAGGGGAACACCGGCAAGAAGGGCGCCAGUUCCCAACCGAGUAAUAAGAGGAAACACGAUUCAGAAACUCUGGAGGGAAGCCAGACCCCAGUAUCACCACUAUCAGUAUCGCCACCAUCGCCGAAGAAAGUGAAGCUGGAAGAAGCAGGCGAGACACCAAUGCGACUUGACGACAUAUCACUACAUUCCCAUAAGCGACGUAUAGCCCAACCGCUGCGUGAAGCGACCCUCAAGAAAGCCCACAGCACUUCGUCUCUCCGCCAGGAAGAGCCAAUUUCUAGCAUUGAGGAUCCCUCGUCUUACGUUUCCAGCGCUGGGUGUGUUUUUAGAGAAAUCCGGACGCAACAGCGAGACGGCUGUCUUGUGGUGUCGAUCGAAGAAAUGAAUGCGUCCAGGAGCACGACACCCCCUUCGUCUACAGCGGCGGGCUCACCGAAAUCUGAUCAGUCUACAGACGCGACCUCCGUUGACGAAGAGACGGCAAUGCCACGAAAGCAAGAAGAGAAACCACACGAUAUACCACAAGCAGACGACGCAACGAUAAUACCCCAGGAGAAUCAUACUACAGAAACAACGGAGGAAAAGCCUACUAUCGACAUCAACCCCAGCAUAGGCGUGGCCACCGUCCAGGUAGAAACGAACACAGUCACGACCACACUUCCCGCAAAAACCAUAGCCGCGAUAUCCGAAGACGACUCCACCUCCGACCUCAGCGAGCUCUCCCCACGCUUCGAACUCGACGACAGCAUCCGGCAAGUCGUGAAAACCAAGCGACACAAGCCGCCGCCUCUCCCGCGGCGCACGCGCGCAACGUCCCGCUACGAAGAAAAGAUCCGCGUCCCGACGCCCAUCAUCCUCAACGAAUCCCUGCGCUACAUCCGCAACCACCGCAUCCCCGGCGACUACAUCAAAUCCGACGCGCUGCUCUCCGCCAAGUACAGCAAAUGGGUCGAAUGCCACACGUGCGACGACGUCUUCGUGCAGCAGGACGGCUAUCUCACCCGCAAGGAGUGCCCCCGCUGCGAGCGCCACUCCAAGCUCUACGGCUUCGCGUGGCCCAAGACCGACAAGGACGGCAAGCACGACUCCGAAGACCGCAUCCUCGACCACCGCACCGUGCACCGCUUCGUCGACCCCGAGGAGGAAAAAGUCGUCAAGAAGUCGAAGAAAUCACUCAAGGAGUCCAUAGCCACGAGGUUCUCGACCCCUCGCUCGUUCAGAGAUUCCAUGAGCGCGGACGCGGAUUCCGGCCGGAGUCGACGGCGUGUGAGGGAGACGAUGUGAGAUGAUUCUGUACGUUGGGAUGCUUUGUUACUGAUGUUGGUCGGCGUGUUUUGGCCGACCCAAGGGAGGGAUAUAGGAUAGAUGAGUGAUUGAGUGAGCGAUUGUAUUUG